AUGGUCAAGACAGAAGAUGAAUCGCCCGAGCGCAAGAGAGCCCGCAGAGAUGCCCCUACUGCUCCACAAGCCGAGCUUGUCGCCGCCAUCAAGCGCGAGCACGACGAGAUAGAGGAAGAAGAAGCACCUCCCGCCCCGGCCGUACCUCAAGCCGAUCGCUUGAUCGCUCCCAUGCCUCCCCCCCUCACCCUAAACCUUGUCAUCCGUGUUGAUGUAGUCAUUACGAACUUCAACUCGCAAUCGAGCUUUUCUGGUUACAGCAGCACUUCUCCUCGUUCUGCUGCUGUGCUCAUAAAGCACUUCAACGCGUUUAUGUCGACCUUUCAUACCAGAAUCAUCAGUCUCAAUAUGACUGAGCGCACCCGUGUGGCUGUAGUGUCGACUGAUCUGGGAUGCGCGAAUUUGGAAGCUCCUCUUCUGCAUCUUGUUGGUUAA